GUGUUUGCAAUGGCGGUGCUUUUGAAAGUGUAGAUAAUGUAGUAGUCUAGCGAAAUCGAUUGUUCUAGACACAUGGAUGGUGGAGCCAAGUGGCCGUGUGCUGUGUGUACGUAUGACAAUUGGCCUGCAGCAUUUAAGUGCACAUUAUGUGGUACACCAAGAAGCUCAACUCUUAUCGAAGAUGAGAUGCAGCGUUUGCAGUUAUCGUCGAAAAAUGCCGGAAAAAUUGACGAGUCUUGCGCUGAAGCUGUUUUUGAUUCUACACAACUAAUAAAGUGCCAGUCAUGUACUUAUCUCAAUCAACGACAAAACUUUAAGUGUGAACAGUGCUUUCAGGUUCUUUGUGAUUCACCGGUCUUAGAUACUGAAGUUUCCAAACAAGCUUCUUCAACCUGGUUAUCUUCUCCCACCAUAACAUCCUUGUCACCUUCUGGAAAAUGGACAUGUAUUGAAUGCACAUACGAGAACUGGCCCAAAAGUAAACACUGUGUAAUGUGCUUCUCAUCUCCACCACAGUCAAUAGAUUCAGAUGCUUGUGGAGACACUGAAAACAACAAUUCAACAUGUUUAUCAUCUAAUUCAUCUAGUUCAAAUGGUAGUCGGCGCCCGAAAUCAAACUUUUCAAACAAUAUUUCAUUAACUUCUCGUGAUCGUUUAUGGCUUUCAGCAUGUUUUGCUGUAGCAAACGGUGAAGUAGCACCGAUUGAGCGUUACAUACUCUCCAAUGGUAGGAUAGAACGAAAAUUGACGAAGAACGAGUGCCGCUAUUUGAAUUCUCAUAUGCAUUCAACCACCACUUGUGAUAUAUCGACAGUUUUGUCAAGUAUUGAUCAUUCUACAAAGCAAGUCGAUGACAUGAAUUGGAGUCAGCUAUCUGACAGCUGCUCCUGUUCUCACAGAACAACAACUCCGAGUUGUGAUACUGGCAUUGCUUACAGUAAUCUGGACUACACAUCAUCUCCUGGGUAUAAAUUUCGAUCUGGUUGGACAUUAGUAGAUUUAGCACUUCGGUUUUGUCGUACUGAUUUAAUCAACUUAUUUAUUGCUUUAAUUGGCUUACAAGCCACUAGUAGCGCUAUAUCUGUUGGUUUUGGAUCCAAACAUUCGACACUGCCUGUAAAUUCAUCGACUACCGCUUCGGUCAUUACUUCGUCAAAUACUACAACACUUGCAACUAACGUCACAGUUGCUGUUACAACUUCAAACGCUUCUACUCUCUUGAAUAAUAAUCUACGUAACACUACGUCGAAUCCUCCAUUUCAAGAUACUCAACAAGCGCACAGUAAAAACACUCAAGCAAAUCGUAAAUCAAGCACUCCGCUGACAGGAAAUCAAAUCCAUCCCGCACUUCAACUACUUUUGAAUCGAACACCAAGUAAUAUAAACAAGACCCAAGUCACUAGAAGUAAGUGGAUGCCGUGUCAAGCUAGCCCUCAUAUUGCUGGUGAAUUACGAGAUCUAUUAGCAAAAACGGUAAAACAUCGUAAAGGUGACUUUCCAUGUGCUUAUUUUUCUGAAUGGGGGACUUUUGCUUUGCCUUAUUCGAUUACAAAAUUUCCUGCUCCAGUAAAACAAUUACUGCUAUCAGAAUUAUGCGAUAUGCAAGCCCAAUCAGAGUUAGAAGAUGAUGCUAAAGCGAUUAAUUGGUGGUUUAUUCCUGGACAAAAACAAUCAAGUCGUCUAUUUGCUUUGUGGAAUCGAACAGCAGGUGAUUGUCUAUUAGACAGUGUUUUACAGGCUUGUUGGGGAGUAUUCGAUAGAGAGAAUUGUUUACGUCGUACACUUGCGGACAGUCUUCAGAAUUGUGAAUCAAACUUUUAUCCACGUUGGCGUGAUUAUGAAGCAUUACAAGCAGCAUGUCAUUAUAUCCUAGAUGAAGAUCAAUGUCAAAGAGAUUGGGAGAAUGUGCUAACAGCAGCAUGUCAACCACGUGAAGCCUUAGAACAAAUCCAUAUAUUCGCUUUGAGUCAUGUCCUUCGCCGACCAAUUAUUGUCUACGGUGUAAAGUACAUAAAGAAUUAUCGUGGUGAACCAAUAGGAAUAGCUAACUUUCAAGGUAUUUAUCUUCCACUUCUCUGGGAAAAGUGCUCUUGUUCUCGGAAUCCCAUUGUUUUGGGUUUUACUCGGGGUCAUUUCACUGCACUUGUACCUAUUGAACCAUGUCCGUUAUCUUCGAAUAGCGUAAAUAGUGAAUCAGCUACAGAUUCCAACCAAACAACUGGUGUCAGCUUUUCACCUUAUGCUUCUCCUCGUACAUCAUCUUCACGUAAACAUAGUCCUACACCCUCAGAUGAAACAAGUACUUAUACACUCACUUCUACUGUCCCCCUUUCAACAUCUCUUUCGGAAACACAACUAGCUUCUUCAACAGAGUCGUCGUUAGUCAGCUGUGGAACGGUCCUACCUGGUACAACGACUCAACAAAAUGCUUCUGUUUAUCUUCCCCUCGUUGACAGACAUGGCGUUAUGCUACCAAUACAUUUCACUACAGAAAAAGAGGCUAAAAUGUCUCAUACACUUCUUCAAGAAUGGUUAGAUGUUGUGUGUACAAGACGGGGACUACCACUUGCCCGAUUACGAUUACAUGCAAAGCACACUCUUGUUGAUAACAUGGUGGAAGAAUGGUUAGAUUCCUAUCGUUCAUUAGCAAAAUUAUCUACUAAUAGUAAUGCUGUUAAUAGUCCUGCUGUUGCUACAGCAGUUACUCCACCCAACAUCAAUACCGUUACAACUACUAUUUCUCCUAUUCCUGAUUCUACAACAAUUCAACAUACUCAUCUUGUCAGUGAACAUUUAUCUUCGUCAUCAUCAAAUUCCAUAUCAUCUGAUACAGAUCAAGUUGAAUAUAUUUCAAAAUCAACUACAUCAUCGUUAACUUCAGAUGCACUACGUAGUUCUAGUCCCUAAUCUUACUGUUUACGUGCAAGUGGACUCUGUCAAUCAAUUAUCUGUUUUGUUUGAUAUAUAUUGUGGCUGUGAUACCAUUGUAUUCCUUUGGUCUCUGUUAAAGUUAUUCAUUUCUUCACUCUGUUCCACACUCCUCCUUAUAGAGUUCUCUAAGGAUAUAUUCUCUCUCGUGGAUCUAUUUCUUUUCUAUUUCAGUGUAUUUUUGUUCAUUGGCUGUUACAAUUUAGCUGAUACAUUUACAACACCUAUCCUUGAAUUAUUACAUACACUAUAAAUUUUUUCAUUUUUUUUUCCUAAUCCGCUCAAGUCUCAAUAUCUUAAAAAGAGUAAAACAACAAUUGUGCUCACAUGUAUGAGUAAAGCAUUUUUAAUUACGAAAGAUUAGAGAUGAAACCCUUCUUCCUUUGCUAAAUGAUGUGUGAGUGUUUAAAUACUCGUUUUUUAUUUAUCAUUUUUGUUUAGCGCACGCAUAUCUGAGUGUGGUGUUUUGGAAAUUUUCAUCUUACUUAGAAUAUAUUAUUAUUGUUAUAAGUAUUAACAUCAUUACUAUUUUCUAACAUUCACUAAUAAUCUUCCCUUCUUCCUGUUUGUUCCUAGCAUUAUUAUCCCAGUUUUUUAUGAAUUACUUUGUCAUUUUAUUGUAACCAGGUACAGCAGUCUUAUAGAUUUGUGUUGCUCUUAAUUGAAUUAAAGCUACUUUACUUUUGGGAACCAUGAAGCCUUUCUAUUGGCCAUCUUUUCAUCCUGAUAGCUCAUGUAAUGAAGAACACAUACGGAUGCAUAGACAAAAAUAUAUACUGCCAUUAUUUUUAUUAGUUACGCACAUAUUCGAAAUUUCGCGCAAACUGCUAUUCUUACCAUAUUUGAGAUUAUCGUUUUAUUGGUUGAUUGAACAUGAGAGAUAAAUACCAAACUAUAAUUCUUCUUGUACUUAAUUUUUCCUUGCACACAGAUUCCAAGUAAAUCUCUUGAUCGUAGAUAUCCUAUUACGAAUGGUAUUCUAUUUUCAUUAGUGUGUACGCUAUGUAUAGAUAAACCUUUGAAUGUUAUGUAAUGUUUGUUGUUAUAUUUGGUGGGUAUUAUAAUAUCUGGAAGAGUCUUUACAAUGCUGCUUUCUUUGUCACAGGCAUAUAACCAUUACAUGCAGAUUAAUAUGAUCUACAAAUCUCAAGAAUUAUCGGAAGACCAUAACUAAUGUAUGAUUGAAAAUACAAAUAUUUAUAUUCAUUUAACGAAAGUAAGAGUGGGAUCUAUUAGCCGAAAAAUCGAAACAUAGGAGCUUGUUUUUUCUGAAUUUUUCGAGGGUUUAGUCACAGAAUUUUAUGAUUUUUACGAUCGCGAUGACCUGUCUGAAGCUUGUUAUUUCAUUUCUUUAUUUUUGUAUUUGGUCACAAAUGAAUUUCAACGAAUAAAAUUCAGUUUGUUUUUAAUGUUUCACCUCUGAAA